AUGGAAGUGGGCAGUAGCGAUGGGAUGGGACCGUCUUUGAUUGGCCAGAUGGUAUUUUUCUUCCACCCUAUUCGGGCUUGGGAGCUGGCUGUGGUUGCGAGCAUGGAGGAGCAGCAUGACGGGAAAAUGGCAACUGUCCGUUGCAAGUCCGGCGAGACUUUCAGUGUUCCUGUGAAUGCGGACUUUCUUUUUCUUCCAACCACCCCGGGGGUUUUUGACUCCUUUCCAGACGAUCUCCUGGAGAUGCCCGAACUGCAUGAUGCGCUCCUACUUCAUGUGCUGAGGAAUCGACACGCCAGGGAUCUAACUUACAUGCGCAUUGGAGAAAUGGUGCUUUCAGUGAAUCCCUUCAAGGUCAUUGCGUCACAGGCGGAUAAUUGCAUGGAAUUGUAUCUUGAUCACCUCGACACGGCAAAGCUCCCCUCAGGCCUCCCUCCUCAUGUCUGGAGUGUGGCACAUCGAGCAUAUGUGGAGAUGCGUGCACGGCAGGCAAACCAUUCCAUUAUUGCUUCGGGGGAAAGUGGUAGUGGGAAAACCGAAGCGUGCAAAAAGAUGCUGAAGUAUUUAUGUGCGGCGUCUGAGCGUGUGGCAACAGAUGUAGCUGUGAGCCAGCGUAUGCAACGCAUCAGUGAAAAGGUACAGAUGAGUAGUGUUGUGAUGGAAUCGUUUGGAAAUGCCAAGACUGUGAAGAAUGACAACAGUUCACGGUUUGGUAAAUUUAUGGAGGUUCAGUUUGAUGCAGACGGGGUUAUGAUGGGUUUGCGUGUCACACCAUUUCUGCUGGAGCGCUCACGGGCCGUCACGUGUGGGGCAGACGAACGUGUGUAUCAUGUCUUUUAUCAGCUGGUCGCCGGAGCUGACGGGGCCAUGCGGGAGAGGCUUCGACUUGGCGAUGCUCGCAGUUUUGUGUUGUUGGGCAAAGGCGGGUGCCUCUCACUGAAGAACAACGGCAUCGAUGACGCUAGGGACUUUCAGGUUCUGCAGGCGGCACUGACGAGCAUCGGGUUUUCCGAGGAGGAGCAGGACACACUGUGGAGCAUUGUGGGAUCCAUAUUGCACCUGCAGAACAUCACGUUUGAGAUGCGGCGGAUCGACGACUCGGCCCUUUUGAGUGACGGGGACGCGCAGACCGCAGCGUUCGUCGCUGGUCAGUUACUGCUCCUGCCCGAGCCAGAGGCGUUCGUGGAGUGCCUCACGACAAGUACCGUCGUUGUUGGCCGCGAUUGUUUGACAAAAAAACUUUCGGUGCAAAAGGCCGGAGACCAACGCAACAGUAUCUGUAAAUUUCUCUACUCCAAACUCUUUCUUUUUGUCAUCCAGAAGAUUAACGCAGCCACCUUGAGUAGUGCAGACUUUGGCCAAUAUGAAAGCUCCCCAACAGGUGUGGACCGUCUGCCGCCUUUCAGCCAUCGUGAGCCGACGACGUGGAUCGCACUCCUCGACAUCUUUGGCUUUGAGGACUUCCAGGUGAACUCGCUGGAGCAAUUUUGUAUCAAUCUUGCCAACGAGGCCUUGCAACGACAAUACACGGAGAAAAUGUUUCUUCUAGACAUGGAAGAGAUGCGUGCUGAGGGGGUGGAACCCAACAUCACGGAAUUUGUGGAUAAUCAACUUUGCCUAGUUCUCUUGCAGGGCUCGAAGAACUCCAUCAUCUCUCAUCUAGACGACGCAUCGCUGCUGGAUGUGGAGCGCUCACGCACAAAUCCAGACUUUGUUUUCCUGAACUCCGUCACAUCGGCUUUUUUCCCCGAUUAUCAGUCGGCACCCGGGAAGAAGACACGUAGUGUGCUGGAUCGCGAAAAAAAAAUGGACAACCCCUCUGCAUACUUCUACAGAGGACGUUUGGACGAUAGCAGCUUCACGAUUCGGCACUAUGCGGGGGACGUCAAGUACUGCAUUAAUGGUUUUGUGGAGAAAAACAAUGACUACGUGAAGGAUUCGUGUGCGCAGACGAUGCACGACACCACUUCAUGGGUUCUUCGAGGAAUCAUAGGAACGAAAGAUGAAAUGGUUGGACUUAUGAGCGAUACGUACUCUCCCGGUUCACCCACGUCACCUUUGCGUGGUUCGCGCUGCACCGUUGUCUCAAACUUUCGUCACUCACUCCGUCUACUGAUGGAAAUGUUGACCAGCAGUGUGUGUAACUGGGUGCGCUGCAUACGCCCUCAUUCAAGGAGACAAGCAGGGCUUUUUGACGGGAAAUUGGUACUGGAGCAGCUUGUUGCCACCGGAGUUCUCAGUACGUUGAAACAGCGUCAGACAAACUAUCCUUUCCGUCUGAAAUGCAAAGAAUUUGCACACAAUUAUCAUAUCCUUCUUCAGUCAAGAAAAUCACUUGGGACAAAAAUGACAGUUAAAGCCAAAUGCUUGGCUUUACUACGGGCAGCCGGUAUCAGAGAAAAGUCAGCUCAAUUGGGAACUUCUCGUGUGUUUCUUUCAACGGAUGCACAUCGCAUGUUGGAAUCCAGGCGGGUACAAAUUGCGAAGACCAUGGUGACAGUUGUUGAACGGUACGUGGCUGCCUUUGUCUCCCGCGCGUAUGUCCGCCUGAUGCUUGUUUCGCGCCACACCCUUAAAUUGCAACGCAUCUUUCGUGUGCAUAUGCGCAUACGCCGAUGUGUUUCUCAGUACUACGGGGAACUACGCCGCAAAAGAUACGAACGUUUUUUGGAGUCAACAAAGUUGUUUUUGCGUGCUGAGACGAACUCCCGUGUGGAGUUGAUUAAAGAGCGGGAGUCCGACGUAAGAACGUUGUGGAGCGAGUUUCGUACCCGUCUUGUCCCUUUGGUGGAGGGUGUGCUACGAAACGUGAAGGCGGUAGAGGCAAAGCAGCGGGAUUCUCUUAUUUCUCAGUCUUUUUCAUGCUACGUUGCGUUCCGGGACGCGUUUGUACGGGAGGCCGCCGUGGCUUUGGAACGAGAAAAACAACGUAUAGCCAUCAAGCGUGAGAGGGAUGCCAGCGAGCGUUCGGAACUGCUGUGCACCGCUCUUGUGGCGCUGCAGGCCGUGGCUGCGGAAGAAGCGUCUACCUUUCAACAGUUACACGAUAACGUCAUUGCUCCAAUGGUGAAAAGGCUGAAGGCCAAGGCACGUGCCAUUCGCAGAGCAAAACGGUGGAGAGAUAGGCGUUUGCAGGAGCUAUACGAUGCGCGGGCAUCCGAACUGCGACGUCUUGCCGUGGUGGAGGCUGAAGAACUGCGCCGGGAGGAGGAAAGAUGGCGACGCCUUGUGGGGGAAGAGGAGUACUUGAACGAGAUGCGGUACUUUUGCUCCUUUUCAGAUGACACGUAUGGAGCAUCACCGCUCUUUCGUGCCUUUCUACGCGACGGUGUUCCCUCUGAGGUUCUUCACACGCCAAUUGACACCAGUCCCCGGAAAUCGUCGUCCAUUGGGGGUGUAACUUCCUUUCGUGACUACAGAAACUACAUGAGAGAUGAGUUUCACCGCGCUCGUAUCAACGGGACGACGCCCAAUUAUCGCCCACACAAGCACCGCGAGGAAGUUUCUUGUGAGCUUUGCAACUUUUUGUUGUAUCCAUCGCGGAAUAACGUUGCCACAAGGCCCUCCGUUGAAUCUCUCAUGGAGGAUACGACACGUCGUCGACUUGACGAUGAAUACGGCGAAAGUGACGACAGCUUUGAUGAGCUUCAUUACGAAAGGAAGGUCAGCGACUUGUGA